AUGGAUGGACCUCGCCUUGUAAAGCUAAAAUCCUCCUUUGACAAGAUGCUUACACAGCUAUUCACUGAGGCACAGAUACAGGAAAAUGUUAAAGAAGACAUUAAUGCACUUUUUACUCAGCUGCUUUUAAAGUAUUCAAUCCCACUAAAACUUAAUAAGCUAGACGUGCUGCUACUAAAACCGCCCACUGCCCUGUACGAUAUUACAUGUCCACAGACCAUUUCUAGUAUUUUGGCAUCACACAUUGCUGACCCGGCUUCUUCUCUUAUGGCUUUUCUUAAACAAGAAACUGAUGCGGUCAAUGAAGAAUUAGCCCAGCUAAAGCAGGCAGAGGAGGAAUUGGACAAUUCUUUGCGCGCGUCCACAGCAGAGCUGAACAAAUGGCUGGAAACAAGUGAAAAUACUCUUGCACAAAUUAAGAAACAAACACAAUAA